GCACGCACGCGCAGUAUGUUGGAGUAUGUAGGCCGGAGCGUCGGUUACCAUUUUACAAGUACACAUCGGAAUAACGGUGUGUAGGGUCGAGAUUGAAUUAAAGCGGGCUGGUACUUGUCCGUAGGCAUGGAUUUGGAGGAUGAGUACUUCCCAGAUGGAGAGGAUGAUGGUGGAGCAACGCCAGUACAGGAUGAACAUAAUUCAGGCUCAGAUGAUCAGGAAGACCCAACUGAACACUGUGCAGCAUCUGAAGGCAGCAGUGUAGGUCACCAUACUGAGGACGAAAGUCACAAGGAAGAUCAGAGUGAUGCAGAAGACAGUGAUGGUCCUGGCCAUCCAGAAAGCAGAGAGGAAAAUAAUGUUAGCUCUGAUUCUGAGAGUGAAAAAAACAAAAAUGUUUGCAAUAUUGAACAAUCAGAUGAUGAAGCAGGUAACGAUAAAGAGAAUCACUUCACAAAUGAAGGAAGUGGAGGAGAACCUGAAGGGAGCCACGAUCAACUGAAUGACACAGACAGUGAAAAGGAUGGAAGAAUGUCACCUGUACAGCACGAGAGCAGAGGAGCCAGUGAUAAUGACAGUCCUGGACCUCUCACGGCUUCCAAAAGUGAUGAUGAGCAGGAGGAGAAUAAAAAAACAGUGAAAAGGAAGAAGCCAGUACUUCCUGAUAGUGAGGAUGAGAAAGAAGUACGGAAUAAUUCUGCAAAGAAAACACGCUUGAUGUCAGACAGUGAGGAUUCGGACAGUGACGUUGCUCCCACCAAGAACACUGUCAUUGACUCUGAUAGGGAGGAAUCAGAUAGUGAAUCUGGUGACACAAAGAGAAAGCAGGCUGUCUCAGGAAGCCAGGAGUCAGACAGUGAAGCUGAUGUUGCUCCAGUAAAGAGGAUAAUUUCAGAUGAUGAUUCUGACAGCAGCGUGAACACUUCAAAAGCCAAGCAUGUAGCCUCUGAUGAUGACUCUGGCAGUGACUCAAAUACGCGUGUAAAAAAGCAGGUUGUUUCUGAUGCUGAGGAUUCUGAUAGCAAUGUGGGUGUAAGGAAAAAGCGGGUCUUCUCGGAUGGCGAUGGUUCAGAGAGCGAUUCUGCUCCGAAGGAAAAGCGCAUUGUUUCAGACGAUGAGGACUCCAACUCAGACAGUGAUACAGCUGCUAAGAAAAAACGCAUCCUUUCUGCUGGUGAGGAUUCCGACAGUGAUGCUGCACCAGGAAAAGAGUCCAAGGCUAUGUUAUCUGACAGUGAUGAAGAAAAUAAGCAGCCUGCUCAGAAAGCUGAAUCCGGUCUGUUUGGCAGUGACAGUGAAUCUGAGGAUGAGACUGGUGUUGGAAACUUGAUAGCUGACAUUUUUGGUGAAUCGGAUGAUGAAGGGGAAGAGUUUACAGGUUUUAACCAGGAAGAUCUAGAUGGUGAAAAAGCUGCACAGGAGGCAGAGAGAAAGAAAAUAGUUGCUGAAGAGUCAGACUCGGACAAUGAAGUUAGAGGAAAAGGGUUAGAUUCAGACUUUGUUUCUGAUUUUGAGAUGAUGCUACAGAAGAAGAAAGAUCAGAACCGGAGGCGGCGGCGAAAUCGUGAUGGUGGUACUUUCAUCAGUGAUGCGGAUGAUGUGGUUAGCGCUAUGAUCACCAAGAUGAAUGAAGCAGCAGAAGAAGAUAGACAACUCAAUGGCCAAAAGAAGCCAGCUUUGAAGAAACUGACCCUUCUCCCCACAGUCGUAAUGCAUUUGAAAAAACAGGAUUUGAAGGACACUUUUAUUGAUAGUGGGGUGAUGUCUGCUAUAAAGGAAUGGCUCACACCCUUGCCAGACAAGAGUUUGCCACAUCUCAAGAUCCGUGAGGAGUUGCUAAAGAUACUACAAGAGUUGCCCAGUGUGAGUCAGGAGACUCUGAAGCAUAGUGGGAUUGGACGUUGUGUGAUGUACUUGUAUAAACAUCCCAAGGAAAAUAGAAGCAACAAAGAACUUGCUGGAAAGCUCAUCAAUGAGUGGUCAAGACCCAUUUUUGGCCUGACAUCAAAUUAUAAAGGGAUGACGCGGGAGGAACGAGAGCAGAGAGACAUUGACCAGAUGCCAAUGCGACGCCGUUUGAGCAGUUCUGGUGGGCAGACCCCUCGCAGAGAUCUGGAGAAGGUGUUAACAGGAGAGGAAAAAGCACUUCGACCUGGUGAUCCCGGAUUCUGUGCAAGAGCCAGAGUGCCGUUACCGUCAAACAGGGAUUAUGUUGUUAGACCAAAGUGGAAUGUAGAAAUCGAGGCAAGCAGGGGAGCAGUAAAGAAAACAUUGAAUCGUCUUGACAAGCAAAUGCGCCGAUUUCAAGAUAUCAAGAAAAUGACCAAGUCAUCUCGGGCAGUAAAAAUCAGCAUUGAAGGCAAUCGUAUGCCUCUGUAAUGCAUACUUA